CUCCAGCUCUACGAGUACUAAACGCCGGAAAAUGUCUCGCAAAGAAGCGCUUUCGCAGUUUAUUAAUCAAAUUCACGGCCGUCCCGUGGCUGUUAAGCUCAACAACGGUGUUGACUAUCGUGGGGUGCUCGCUUGCCUCGACGGCUACAUGAACAUUGCCUUGGAUCAAACGGAGGAGUAUGUCAACGGUCAGUUAAAGAACAAAUACGGCGAUGCUUUUAUUCGAGGAAACAACGUGCUCUACAUCUCAACGCCCACGCAAAAGCGCAGAAUCUAGACUAAAAUAUAAAUCAUAAAUACACACAACUUUUUUACACACAAAUUACUUAUACAUAUAUAAAUGCUGAAAUAAAAUUAUCAACUGGGAUAGUAACCGGUACCGAA